AUGAGUGUGAGCACCCGGACAAGCGUCACACAAUGGGGCAAUGGAUCGUACAGCGAGGCACUCAUUCCUCCCUACCGGUCAGAACGACACCACAUUCCUCGGUUGAUUCCUGUCCUGGACAGUGGCUCGGAUGAGGUGCGCGAUUGCUCGGUGAUUUUGCCGCCCCUCGGCCCUUCACUUGCCUAUGUUGCUGCUGCUCCUGUGAAGCAUGCGCGGCGUGACCCUGUUGGAAAAGGCCCGACGCACACGGGUGACGCAGAGUUUGUCGUUAAAUGGAAGGGGCUGUCAGCGGAGCAGGUGGAACGCAAUCUCACGCCUUUAGUGUACCACUACAGGCAGCAGCUUUUGUUGCUUGAGGAGCGCAGGUGGCGUCGGAUUAUUUUUACUGAGGAGUUUACGCAGCGUAUUGAUCUUGGCAUUCAUUCUCGCUACAGUGCGCCUUUUCGCGAGAGGCUGCUAAGCUGGGACAUCCUGGAUACGCUUUCGCGGCGUUUGGAAGCAGCGUGUGACCGGAGCUGCCAUUCCAGCAGAAUGAUAUCCCCGUCUUCUUCUUAUAUUCGGCGCAGUCGCGGCGAUGAUCCCUUUUACACAUCUUCCUGGUACACCAGCGUGACUCAUGGCUCCCCGAGGACGCGAGAUUCCGCAACGGCACGGAGCGUCCAGAGGCCUGUCUUUGGGUUUAUGGUCUCUGCUUUUGGUCAAAAGCUGGAGGAGCAUCUGCGGAAUGCGAGCACCCCUGAACACGUUGUGCAACCCCGUGUGGGAUUGAAAAGUAGUGGACAAUUGAAAGCAAGCAAAUUUUUGACAGUUUCUAGUCGAUUGGAGGCUUCAGAGGAAAUGGGUGGGAGCCAGAAAAACUGCACACCGCUUACGAAAGAGAGCAAAUGUGAUGACAGUCUCACGAUGUCACCCUUAGAGAAAUCUUUGAGCACUAUUUCUGGUGAGGGCUCGCUGGACCGCUCAGUUGCCUCCUGCAAGUCACAGUGUGAUGGUGAUGAUGAUGAUGAUGAAUCAUUGAUCCACUUGAUGCUUGCUGCCACGAUGACGCGUCGCGGCACUCAGUCUGGUGGAGGGAGAAAAGAACUCUAA